AUGAAGUGGCUAGCGCUCUCCAUAUUUUGUAUCCAGGCAAGAUGGGCUUCAUCCUGCGUUUUUGACAAAGUCGAGGAUUUACGUGGAGUACACUUAUGGUUAAAACGAAUGAGAACGGACGAGAGCGGAUGCUUUACUGAAUGCUUCAAGAACAACGCCUGCAUUGCACUACUUUAUUACAAAGAUGACGACGAGUGCCACUUGUACAGCGCUGGAAACGUCAGUUCCCACUGUUGGACCGACGUAAUCUGCUACACUCUUCAUCGCGAUGAGGAGGAUUCCGUUUGCGCAAGAUACGUGGACGUUUAA